CCGCCAGCGCCCCUCCCUCUCCACCCCCAUCCCCCGUCGGUGUCUGGGCCUCGUCCCCUUCUCUGUCUCGCUCUCCUUCCCCAUCGCGUCCCCCGGCACCGACACCCCGUUCUGGCCGCGGUCUCCUCAGCCGCCGCUCUGCUUCCUGGCCCCAUCCAGCCGAGGAUUUGCUCGAAGGCCGCCCCCGAAUACGCACCCGCCCCCUGAGGGCCACCGAGGACCAUGACUAAGACGGAUCCCGCCCCAAUGGCCCCACCGCCCCGAGGGGAGGAGGAAGAAGAGGAGGAAGAGGAGGAACCUGUCCCUGAGGCCCCCAGCCCCACCCAGGAGCGCCGGCGGAAGCCUGUCGUGCACCCCUCGGCGCCUGCCCCCCUCCCCAAGGACUACGCCUUCACAUUCUUCGAUCCCAAUGACCCCGCGUGCCAGGAGAUCCUGUUUGACCCCCAGACCACCAUCCCGGAGCUGUUCGCCAUCGUGCGCCAGUGGGUGCCCCAAGUCCAGCACAAGAUAGACGUCAUUGGCAAUGAGAUUCUGCGUCGGGGCUGCCACGUGAACGAUCGGGAUGGACUGACCGACAUGACACUGCUCCACUAUGCGUGCAAGGCCGGAGCCCACGGAGUCGGCGAUCCCGCGGCGGCCGUGCGCCUCUCGCAGCAGCUGCUGGCGUUGGGCGCGGACGUGACCCUGCGCAGCCGCUGGACCAACAUGAACGCGCUUCACUAUGCGGCCUAUUUCGACGUCCCUGAACUCGUGGCGGGUGCUGCUUGAAGGGGGGGCCGCCCCCGGGUGGUGAACUCCACGUGCAGUGACUUCAACCACGGCUCAGCCCUGCACAUCGCUGCCUCCAACCUGUGCCUGGGCGCCGCCAAAUGUCUGCUGGAGCACGGUGCCAACCCGGCACUGAGGAAUCGAAAAGGACAGGUGCCAGCAGAAGUGGUCCCAGAUCCUAUGGACAUGUCCCUGGACAAGGCAGAGGCAGCGCUGGUGGCCAAGGAGCUUCGGACACUGCUGGAGGAGGCUGUGCCGCUGUCCUGCGCCCUCCCCAAGGUCACACUACCCAACUACGACAACGUUCCCGGCAAUCUCAUGCUGAGCGCACUGGGCCUGCGCCUGGGAGACCGCGUGCUGCUGGACGGCCAGAAGACGGGCACGCUGCGGUUCUGCGGGACCACCGAGUUCGCCAGCGGCCAGUGGGUGGGCGUGGAGCUGGACGAACCCGAGGGCAAGAAUGACGGCAGUGUUGGGGGCGUCCGGUACUUCAUCUGCCCUCCCAAGCAGGGCCUCUUUGCCUCCGUGUCCAAGAUCUCCAAAGCAGUGGAUGCACCCCCUUCAUCUGUCACCUCCACACCCCGGACGCCCCGGAUGGACUUCUCUCGUGUCACUGGCAAAGGCCGAAGGGAGCACAAAGGUUGGAGGGGAGACUGUGGGGCGGGAGGGCUGGUCCUGGGGGUGCGCUGUGCACAGCUCAGCUUCUGCGACUGGUCCUGGGGUGCGCUGUGCACAGCUCAGCUUCUGCGACUGGUCCUGGGGGCGCGCUGUGCACAGCUCAGCUUCUGCGACUGGUCCUGGGGUGCGCUGUGCACAGCUGAGGCCUGGACUCCAGUGUGGCUGGGACUGGGCUGGGCCGUCUACGGGAAAACCGACUUCGCUCCAGGCUACUGGUAUGGCAUCGAGCUGGACCAGCCCACGGGCAAGCACGAUGGCUCGGUCUUUGGCGUGCGGUACUUCACCUGCCCCCCAAAGCACGGGGUCUUUGCGCCAGCAUCCCGCAUCCAGAGGAUUGGUGGAUCUACCGAUCCUCCUGGGGACAGUGUUGGAGCCAAAAAAGUGCACCAAGUGACAAUGACGCAGCCCAAACGCACCUUCACGACAGUCCGGACCCCAAAGGACAUUGCAUCAGAGAAUUCUAUCUCCAGGUUGCUCUUCUGCUGCUGGUUCCCCUGGAUGCUGAGGGCAGAGAUGCAGUCUUAGAGGCCCUGGACACCCGACAGAGUCCCCUUAGCGUCUCCUGACACAGGAACCCCCAAGUCACCCUGAGAUAGAGACCCAGUAACACAUCCAGAUUAGAAACCCCAUUAGCCAGCCCUCGACCACGGAGGCCCCAUUAUUAACAGACUCCCCCAUGAGACCCCCAAUACAGACCCCAUGUCACCCAGACAGAUUCCCUGAGUAGCACCUUCAGGCUAGCCCCUUCCCCAACCCCUCAGAGCAGACCCCCCAGUGAACAGAUUUCCACGUCACCCCAAAUGAUGGCGACCCUCUCCACCUAAUGCUCCCCAACAGGCCAUCCUUGAGUCACUCAUCACUGGAUCAGAACCCCCCCAUUAACAAAGACCCCACCCAAGUCCCCUUGAAAUAAACACGGGUCCCACCCCCAGAGGAACAGACUUCAUGCCAUUACGCCCCAUUUUACAUCAAUCCCCUUGAGAUGUGACCCCAUGGUCACCCCAAACCCCCAAUCAGAGACUCCUUCCAUUAAUAAAGACUCCUGUUCUUACCCCUCAAGAAGAGAUCCACCCUAACCAGCCCACUGUCACCCCCAGUUUACAGACACCAAAACAGUCCUGGAAGUGCUAAUUACAGGACUCCAAGUCUUCCUGCCCUCUGCGCCCUCGAGAAAGCCCCACCCAGUGCCUUGUAUGAAGCCCCCCAACAUGGCCCACAGCCCCUGUGCUGGCCAGGCUCCCAGAAAAUUCUCUAUUUUUUAAGUAAUGACUUCCCCCUUUGGGGGACCCCAAAAUUUGGAGGCCCCAUUCUGGGACUCUGAGGAAUCCCAAGCCUCAGAGUCCACAUGUCCCAAACUCCUCUGUGCCCUCAAGCCCCAAAGUCCCUAACUCCCAGGACCCAAAUCACAGAAUCCCCAAAUCCCCAGGGAAUCCCAAAUUUAAAAAAAAUUCCAGCCCGAGUCCCCAGGAAAGCCGAUCAUGGGGUCCUUGUGCCGGGAUGGAGAAGACUGCAGUCAAGAUGCACUCCAGGCGCCGGCGCACCCCAAGCCCUGCUCACGGGCACGAGGAGACCCCAGACAGGAACUCCCAUCCCUGCAAACGGGAGGACUUCAAUGCCAAGUCCACAGAUCUCAAGACACCCACAUUCCAAGAGCCCCCAGUCCCAAGGGGACCCCUAAACCCUAAAGCCUCCAUCUCUACUACAUGGAGGGCCCUUAGACCCUGAGGGGAUCCCAGAUCUUGGAGCCCCACUUCAAUCUGCAUUCUGGUCACAGGUCCGAGUCCUGGAAAAGGACCUCACAGCACCUGGGCCAGACCAACAGCCUGAGGGCCAACCUGAAGGCCCAGGGGGGUCCAGGGUGGACCUGGGGCCCUGACCACCAAGGACAGCUCACGACUGCCCCUUCACUGCAUGUCCCCAAACUCAGCAUGACCCCUGUCCUCGUCAAUAAAGACGUUUCUAUGGCC